AUGCCUGGAGCCGCCGCGAGUAUGGCGCCCCCUUAUUUGGCCCGCGUAUUAUCCACAAAACAAGUGGAAGAGCCUAAAAUUCGUUCAUUAGUUUCCACUGAAGUACCAUCACCAAGGGAAGAAGAUGCUGAGCUUGUUUCUUCUGCACUAGACUCGUCGGUUAAAGAGCCAAUAAAAACGCCUGUAGAAUCAAGUUCAAAAAGAUACAAACCCACUGAUGAAGUACAGACCCUUCCAGAACAAAAGUUUGAAGAGAUUGCACCCAUAGAGGCAUUAGAAAGACCAGACGUUCGUGCUCUAACUCCUUUAGAAACUUCUACAGAGGAGGAAAAAACUGAGGCUGUUUCUCUUUUACUAGAAGCUCUGCCUAAGCAACCAUUGACUAAACCAGAAGAUGCGCUGAAGAAACAUAAAGCACCUGAGGAAGUUAGUAACGUACAAGAGAAACAAAGCGUUGAGGCCUUACUGUCAAAGCCAUUGCACGAGUCAGUGCAUGCUUUAAUUCCUAAAGAAGCAGGGCCUCGAGAAGAAAAAGAAACUGAGGCUGUUUCUCCUUUACUUGAACCAGUGUCCAAAGAACCAUCAUUCGAGCCGGAAGACAAGAAACAGAAAGGGCCUGAGAAAGUAACCUACAUACAAGAGAAAGACGGCGUUGAGGCUGAACCGUCGAAGGCAUUGCAUGAGUUAGAAGUGCACACCUUCAUUCCUACGGAAGCCAAGCCUUUCGAAGAAAACAAAACUGGGGCUGUUUCUCUUGUUGUAGAACCUGUGUCUAAAAAGCCGGUAGACAAGAUGGACAAGGUACCUGAGGAAGUAACUGACUUGCAAGAAAAACCUGGCGUUGAGGCUGAACCAUCGAAGACACUGCCCGAGUCAGAAGUGCGCGCUUUAAUUCCCAAGGAAGCAAAGCCACUCGAAGAAAAAGAAAGUGAGGCUGUUUCUCCUGUAGUAGAACCUUUGACUAAAAUACCAUUAAUGAAACCGGCAGACAAUAAAGACAAGGUGCCUGAGGAAGUAACUGACGUAAGAGAGAAACCGGGCGUUGAGGCUGAACCAUCAAAGGCACUUCACGAGUCAGAAGUCCACGCUUUGAUUCCCAAAGAAGCAAAGCCUUCAGAAGAAAAAGAACCUGUGGCUGUUUCUCCUUUCGUAGAAGCUGUGUCUGAAGCAACAAUAAUGAAACUGGAAGACAAGAAAGACAAGGUACCUGAGGAAGUAACUGACGUACAAGAGAAACCGGGCACUUGA